AUGCUGGGCAGCGCUAUCGCCUUGCCUUGCUUGCGACACACGCUCAAGGCUCCGCUGGUGUCCGCGCGGCGGGCCACCGGUGCGUCUUCAGCUCGAGCAAACCUGCAGCGCUCUCAGGUUGGCCUUGCCGCUUGUGUCGCCAUGGCGCCCAAGAAAGCGAAGGCCAAGGCAGAGCCAAAAAAGGCUGAGUCCAAGAAAACUCCCAAGGCCAAGGCGGGCAAGCGCAGCGCCAUGGCCGAAGUGGCGGGGUCUGCGAAGGUGCCCAAGGUCGAGGUGGAUGACUCCAAAGCAUUGGAGGAGCUGCUGGGAGGACUGCAGGAAACAACCUGGAAGGAAGCUCUUUCCGACGAGUUUGGCAAGGACUACUUUGCUGACAUCGCUCGCUUUGUGCAGGCAGAACGGGGCAGUUGUACCGUGCAUCCUCCCACUGAUCAGGUCUUUUCAGCUUUCAAUGAGACACCCUUUGACAAAGUGCGGGUCGUCAUCAUAGGCCAGGAUCCCUACCAUGAGCCCGGCCAAGCACAUGGCAUGUGUUUCAGCGUGCGGCCGGGGAUUAAGACACCACCGAGCCUGGCGAACAUCUACAAGGAGCUGGAGAUAGAUAUCCCUGGCUUUCAGAGUCCUGGGCAUGGCUAUCUGCUCUCCUGGGCGCAGCAGGGGGUGCUGCUGCUGAAUGCCACCUUGACCGUGCGCGAGGGGCACAAGGAGGCCAACUCUCAUGCGUCCUGCGGUUGGCAACGCUUCACCGACGAGGUCAUCAAAGCCUUGAACGAGAAGCGAGAAGGUGUGGUGUUCUUGCUUUGGGGCAACUUCGCACAGAAAAAGGGGAAGGUGCUGGACAAGAAGCGGCACAAAGUUCUGACCGCAGGCUUCAAUUUUUGUGCCACUGAAACUGUAGCCUCCUGGGUGCGGAGUGCCCACGGCCAUGGUGAAAAUUCCUGGAAAGCUCGCGAAGACACCCGAAGAUGCGGAGAGGACACUCGCCGAAAGAGCUGUACGGAUAUUUGCUGCCUGCUGAUUUACGCGGCAGUGAUGGCAGGCGUCGAAGAGCGCUUGGGCGUCUGCGUGUGGUACGGCAUGUCACAGGGCGACAUCAGUCGACUGGAUUCCCUGCCCGACUAUCAAGGAACUCAGUGCGUGAACCAAUUCAUCUUCUUUCCGGAGGAUUGGCCUCCGGGAGUGGAAGGUAUCAACUUGCAUAAGCAUGUUUGCGUUGACAGCUGCCCAACGAACUCUUCCAGCACCGUGGUGACCUACCUCUUCCCCGACGAGAGCACGGCGGCCGCCGAGGAGCGCCGCCUGGGCGGCCUGUUGGACGCGACGGCGACGGCGGGGAUGGCCGAAACCAACGGCUUGCUGAUGGCUCCAACGGUGAGUCCUUCCGCCGCGGCACCCGUGGAGACCGCGGAGCCAACCGCGGAGACAGCGCUGGAGAAGGCAGAGAAAGCGCUGGAGGCAAAGACAAAGGCGGCUCCCGCAACCGAAGAGGCACACCCGGCUCCUGCUGCACCGGCCACACCGGCGGCACCGGCGCAGCCGGCACCGACGAAGCCAGAGGAAGGGGUGCCACCGAUGCCAUCGAUGAAGAGAGACCCCAACCCCUACUUGACGUGGUCGCCCAAUGGUCCCACCAUCGCACCUUUGCACAUCAGGGAUGUGCCCAAACAGCCUGGUGCUGCACCCGCUUGGACGGCUCCUGCUGGACGGGAUGUGCCCGAAGGAGCCGAGGAGGUGUCUUUGAAGAGCUAUCCCACCAUACCCCUGGGAGGUGUGGUUUGCUUACCAAAGGUCGGAGAGUAUCAGGGCAAGAUCAAGGACCUCAUUGGCAGCGAUGUCUUCUUCAGCACAGCCAUGCAGGUGUCGGACUUGGUGAAAAAUUAUGAGGUGCUCAUCAUUGCAGCGGUGGUUGCCAUCGCUAUGUCCUUCAUCUUCCUCUUCGUGGUCGAGUGGUUCGGUUCCGUGUUGGUGACUGUAUCCGUGUUCUUGGUGGUGGCAGUCUUCAGCUGGUUAGGCUUCGUUUGCUUGCAAGCUGCGAUCACAGGUUCUGCGGCUUCAGAAUACGGAGAGCGACUGGCAGAACACGUGCACUUUGGCAUCAGCGGCACGCAGGGUGACAUGAUUUUGGGUUCCGUCAGCGUUGGCCUCGCUUGCAUCGUGCUUCUUUGUGCGUGCUUCCAGUGCAACAAAUGCAUGGCCGCUGCGGCUGCCGUGAAGGAUGCGGCCGAUUGUUUGAUGACGAUGCCCUCGUUGAUGUUGGAACCCUUGGUGUCCUUCCUGCUGAAGAUCCCGUUCUUCCUGGUGGGCGCUGCUGGUUUGAUGGUUUUGAUCACCUCCGGGAACUAUCAAAACGUGGAUCUCACGAAGCCAGAGACUUUGAUCCAUCCAGAUAACUUUGCCGUUGUGUGCGCUGCGUAUUGGGCCUUUGCCUGUCUGUGGACCAUGGAAAUUCUUCACUACACCUCGGUCUUCGUAGUGAUCUAUGUUUCAGAGGUUUGGUUCUUCAAGCACUACGGCGAAGGCGUGCGUGGAUCCUUUUGCUCCAUGUGUGGCCCAACGCUGGUCCUAAAGGCAUGGUGUGCCGCCGUGACCAAGCAUUUGGGUUCUUUGAUCUACGGCGCCAUUUUGGUGUCCUUCAUGCGACCCUUGCGAUGGAUCGUCAACAUGUUGUUGGCCGCACAGGAAGUGGCAGAUAAUCCGAUGUGCUCCUUGAUCAUGGCGAGCGUGGAGAUGGUCAUUGGCUCGUGCCUGACUUUGAUGCACAGAAUAUUGGAUCUCACGAGUCAGAUCGGCUUCAUGCAAAUCGCCUACACGGGCAACAUGGGCUUUUGUGAAGCCCAGAAACACGCCUUGUCCUUGGUCUUCGCUGAGAAGGGCAAGUGGGCAGCAACCGAAGGUCUAGCCACUGCCUUUGUGGUGCUGGGCGUUGGUGGCAUCUCUGCAGGCACUUGUGUGCUGGUCUACAUGAUUGUGAAUACCUUGCCGCGCUAUAUAGAUGGAGCCAGCCCUCAGUACAUUUCAGAUCCCAGGAGUAUCGCGGUGGCCUCCGGUGUGGUCGCACUCUUAAUGUCUAUGAGUAUUUUGCACCACUUCAUUACCAUUACGGAUACCAUCGCCUAUUGCAGGGGUUUGGUGUUGCAUGAGACAGCCCUGGGGGAUCCCGGACAGGAGGAGCGUAGGGGAAGUUGCUGGAACUGCUUCCAGAAGGCGCCGACGGCGCGUGAGACGGAAGCCUUGCUGACGAGACCCGCCAUGGAGACGCCUCGGUCUGGGUGA